GGCGCGUCCCCUGUGCUGUCACCCCACUGCCUGGCACCAUGGCGCUGUCCCCGCGCCGCGUUCUGCCCGCGUUGGCGCUGUGCGCGCUGCUGUGCGCCGCCGCGUAUCCACCGAAGCCCGAAAGCCCCGGAGACGCCGCGUCCCCCGAGGAGAUCGCGCAGUACUUCUCGGCGCUGCGCCAUUACAUCAACCUGGUCACGCGGCAGCGGUAUGGGAAGCGCAGCAGCUCUGCGCCUGCAGUGUCAGUGCAGCCCAUCGGUCCCCGCAGUGAUGCGCUGUGGUCUGACAUCGACGAUGACUCCACGUGGUGACCGCCCCCCCACACCCCCACCCCCAAAACCCCCCCUCACCCCACAAAUUGUCCCCAUCUCUCCAUGUUGCUCCCAUCCGAGUGGGGGUGCAGCACCGGGGGCUGCAUGAGCACUGCAUGGGGGGCACCCCGAAUGCCCGGGGGUGUCCCACGGGGGGGGCACUCACACACACACACACAGAUCCCGUCUGCCGGGGGGGUCCCGUGUGGCCCCCACACACCACUGCCAGUGGCAAUAAAGAGCACCAUGUGGGCA